CGAAACGGGCCGGUGAUGAAGCUGAACUUGACCAAAAGAGCUGUCACAUCUGUUCAGUUUGACCAGAACAAGGCCAAGGAGCCCAGCAAGACUUUGACCAUAGUCAGUUUAAGAAGAACAUGUCCAGUAACGGGAAAUACAAAAUAAUCGUCCUCCAUGACAACAAGGAAUGGUUUUCCUUCCUGAAAGAAGCCUUCAAAGAAUAUGACGUCACAAUGGAACAGUGGAUUUCUGACGAAAUAGAUUUUGAUGUAACCUCUGACCCCCCUAAAAAUGCUGUCUUUUACAACCGAUGCAGUCCAUCUUCUUACGUCAGGGGACAUCGCCUCUCUCUGGAUCAAGCAAGGGUAAUAAUUCAAUGGUUGAGAAGUCACAACCGGAUCGUUGUCAACGGGGAGAUGGCAAUUGACGUGGAGGACAGCAAAGCCUAUCAAUAUGUGAUGGCGAAAAAGAGUGGACUCAACGUACCAAAGACAAUCUUCACAUCCAACCCAACUGCACAACUCAUUGAAGAAAACUUUGGAAAGGACUCAGCAUUCGUUAUCAAACCAAACCGAGGUGGGAGAGGCCUCAACGUGAGAAAGUUCGACAACCUAGCUGAUUUCGAACAAGACACGGAGCCACUUCAAUCCACAACUGGUCUCUACGUCAUCCAAGCUUUCAUUCCGUUGACCAGCGGACUUUUCCGGGCGGAAUUUGUUGGCAAGAAAUACCUGUACACCAGCAAGGCUACGGCCUGCGAUGGUUUUAACUCCAACUUUUGUCCGUGUGAGGUACCGCGCGACCGGUUCAAAAUUCUCCCCGAUUUGGAGGAUCCUUUCAUUGAGAACUGUACAAACUUCUUCAGAACGACAACCCUUGAGAACGGUGCCAUUGAGUACAUUUAUGACGCCAAUGGUGUUCCAUACGUCAUUGACAUCAACUGCAACACGGGUUAUAACACCGAGGCGGAAGAUGAAGCUGGUUCCAAACAGGGUUAUGUUGAAGUGGCCAAAUACGUCUACGGCAGAGUGACCGAACUAAGGAAAUCUCAUGCUGAAAAGUUGAAGCGCUUAGAUGUGAUUCAAUAGAGGAUGCAGGGCAUCUGACCGCUCACUGUAUGAGUUAAGUAUAAUAUGAUAGAUCAUCAACAUUAUCACUGUAUUCAAAUAAAAUUUCAACUAUA